GCUGGCGGCCAUGGCAGAGCCGGGUGAAGACUACUGGCUGUAUGGAGCCUUGCGGAAAGCGGCCGGGACAGGAGCACAUCUCCUCAGCCUGGGGUUCCCAAUCGGCAUGGCAGUGGUCUCAAAGCCGGGCAGCAGUGAGUAUCUGACAGCUGGAGAAGAGGAGCCGAGUAAGCCAGGAGAGUCGUUAAUAAUCGGGGAGAGGGUAUCAGGUUUAUUUUCUUGGCAUCCAUUCUUAAUGGCUCUUGCUUUUUCCUUCAUUAUGACUCAAGCCCUUCUGCUGUUCUCUCCAGAGACUUCCCUUAUCAUGUCCUACUCGAGGAAAAUCAAAGUCCGAGCCCACUGGUUGUUGCAGGGGCUGGCCUCAACAUGUGCUAUCCUAGGUUUGGCGAUUAUUAGCUUUAACAAAUACUUGAAUGACAAACCGCAUUUUACCAGCUGGCAUGGCCUGGUUGGCCUAGUGACUGUCCUUUACAUUUGCAUGCAGUCCAUUGGUGGGGUGUCACUGUUGUACCCCAAACUAAUGAACUGGUCCCUGUCCAAACUGAAACUCUACCAUGCUACCUCUGGAUUGGUUGGCUACCUGCUGGGCUGCACCAGUCUCCUUCUGGGCAUGUGUUCAACAUGGUUCACUGAAACUGUGACUGGAAUUACCUGGUACCUUGCAGUUUGCUGCCCAGUCCUGUUGGCAUUAGUUAUCAUGAACCAAAUAUCCAAUGCCUACCUGAAGAAAAAGAGGAUGCAACCUUGAAUCAACUCUUCCGUCCCACUCUCGGAUGCUCAGCAAAAACCUGGACUUGUACUAAUCUGAAAGCCUACAGCAGUAGAAUUAUCAAAACCAACUUGAGCUAUUACUCGAAGACCCAUCCAUCAGUACAGGUUACUGACACCUAAAUGAGAACAGAUCAGUGCAAAACCUGGACUUUGAGAUCCUACUCCUUGCUAACUGAUCCUGGGAGAUUGAAAGCAGAUCUGAUCAUUGACAAGAUCGUUUCCCAGCUUGCUCAAUUAACAUUAUCUGCUGCUUUGUGACACCUUUGAGUGUCUGGAUGUCUUCAUAUAUACUUUAUCCAUAAUGAAAUGUCUCUGUGUUCCUCCUUUGCUAAUCAGCAUUGCAAUGAGCCGUGCUGGGUCUUGGUUGUAGUGAUGUUCUCUGAAUGUUACUACUUUCGCUCUUACCGAUUUGAAGUUCAAAAAAAGAUUCAACAAAAUGGGAGCAAACGUUGUACUCCUGAGCCACAAUCUUACAUGAAGUGAAGUUCAGUGUUCAGACCAAAAUUUUGUGCCUCCUGCAUCAAGAGGGAUCCGUUAACUUGGAAUGGUUAAAAAUCUGAAUUUUUUUAACCCUUAAGUUUUUUGAGUUCUAAUUUCAAAGGAGCUUGACAACCUCCAGUCUUGUUUAGAGUAGGCCGUUAAUUAACGGUGAUGCAAUUGUUUUCUUCUCAAGUUGCACAUUCCAAAUCCUUGUAAAUGUUUGUUGUUUGUGUGUUCCUAAGUGCUGUCACUACAGUAUUGCAUGAAUGCUUUACCCCAUUUGUCAUUUAUUGAGAGUUUUUAUAUUAUUGCUGAUUGAACAUUGUUUGAGUGGAGCGGAAUGGCUUGUGCAGCAUUGGUAUGAUAUCUGGGCCUUUCUCUGUACUAUUAGUACCUAAGGCUGUUCUGAUACUCAACAGGAGAAUUUGGAUAUGCAAGGGGACUCAAAACGGGUGACCCACCAUUGUCGAUUGCACUUGAGAUUCUGUUUUAUCAAAGUCAGUGACUGGAAUAUGUAGUGGAGUGUAUAACAGGCAAUUAAGUGAUGCAGUCUGUUUGGUGGCCCAUGACCAAUUUCACCUC